AGUGCUGCCGUGACACUCGGCCCUCCAGUGUUGCGGAGACGCAAGAGCAGCGCGCGGCACCUGUCCGCGGAGAGCCGGGACGCGGCGCCCGGGCGGCAGUCCGCGGAGAAGGAGGGACCGCGAGGUGCGCGUCAGUGCUGCUCAGCCCGGCCAGGGGACGCGGGGAAUGGGGACUGGGUAGACAUGAGCGAGACUCGUUUCAGAUGUUGGAUAUUUGCUUGGAAAAAGGUGUGGGUACGACCUUGGCUGCCCCCAGUGUAGCUCCAGCGCUGUGAGGUUUCAAGGGUUGGCAGAGGGGACGGAGGGGACCAUGAAAAUGGACAUGGAGGAUGCGGAUAUGACUCUGUGGACAGAGGCCGAGUUUGAAGAAAAGUGUACAUACAUUGUGAACGACCACCCCUGGGAUUCCGGCACUGAUGGAGGGACUUCGGUUCAGGCAGAGGCAUCCUUACCAAGGAAUCUGCUUUUCAAAUACGCCACAAACAACAAAGAGGUUAUUGGAGUGGUGAGUAAAGAAUACAUACCAAAGGGAACACGUUUUGGACCCCUAAUAGGUGAAAUCUACACCAAUGAUACAGUUCCCAAGAAUGCCAACAGGAAAUACUUUUGGCGGAUCUAUGCCAGAGGGGAGCUUCACCACUUCAUUGAUGGCUUUAAUGAGGAGAAAAGCAACUGGAUGCGCUAUGUGAACCCAGCACACUCUGCCCGGGAGCAAAACCUGGCUGCUUGUCAGAACGGCAUGAACAUCUAUUUCUACACCAUUAAGCCCAUCCCUGCUAACCAGGAACUUCUUGUGUGGUAUUGUCGGGACUUUGCAGAAAGGCUUCACUACCCUUAUCCCGGAGAGCUGACAAUGAUGAGUCUCACACAAACACAGAGCAACACAAAGCAACAGAGCACUGAGAAAAAUGAACUUUGCCCAAAGAAUGUCCCAAAGAGAGAGUACAGCGUGAAAGAAAUCCUAAGAUUGGACUCCAACCCCUCCAAAGGAAAGCACUUCUACUCUUCUAACAUUUCACCCCUCACUUCGGAAAAGGACAUGGAUGACUUUAGAAAAAACGGGAGCCCUGAAAUGCCCUUCUACCCUCGGGUUGUUUACCCCAUCCGGGCUCCUCUGCCUGAAGACUUUUUGAAAGCUUCCCUGCCCUACGGGAUGGAGAGACCAACUUAUAUCACUCACUCCUCCCUCCCAUCCUCCACCACUCCCAGUCCCUCGGCAAGAAGCAGCCCUGACCAAAGCUUAAAAAGCUCCAGCCCACACAGCAGCCCUGGGAACACGGUGUCCCCUGUGGCUCCCGGCUCUCAAGAACACCGGGAUGCCUACACUUACUUGAACGCACCCUACGGCCCGGAAGGUUUGGGCUCCUACCCCGGAUACGCACCCCUGCCCCACCUCCCGCCAGCUUUCAUCCCCUCUUACAAUGCUCACUACCCCAAGUUCCUCUUGCCCCCCUAUGGCAUGAAUUGUAACAGCCUGAGUGCGGUGGGCAACAUGAAUGGCAUCAACAACUUCAGCCUCUUCCCGAGGCUGUGCCCUGUCUACAGUAACCUCCUUGGAGCGGGCAGCCUGCCUCACCCCAUGCUCAACCCAGCUGCUCUCCCAAGUUCGCUGCCCUCAGAUGGAGCCCGGAGGUUGCUGCAGCCGGAGCAUCCCAGGGACGUGCUUGUCCCGGCGCCGCACAGUGCCUUUUCCCUUACCGGGGCUGCUGCCAGCAUGAAGGACAAGACCUGCAGCCCCACGAGCGGGUCUCCCACAGCGGGCACAGCCGCCACGGCGGAACACGUGGUGCAGCCCAAAGCUACCUCAGCAGUGAUGGCAGCCCCCAGCAGUGACGAAGCCAUGAAUCUCAUUAAAAACAAAAGAAACAUGACGGGCUACAAGACGCUUCCCUACCCACUAAAGAAGCAGAAUGGCAAGAUUAAGUAUGAAUGCAACGUUUGUGCCAAGACUUUUGGCCAGCUCUCCAAUCUGAAGGUCCACCUGAGAGUGCACAGUGGAGAACGGCCGUUCAAAUGUCAGACUUGCAACAAGGGCUUUACUCAGCUCGCCCACCUACAGAAACACUACCUGGUACACACGGGAGAAAAGCCACAUGAAUGCCAGGUCUGCCACAAGCGAUUCAGCAGCACCAGCAAUCUUAAGACCCAUCUGCGACUCCACUCUGGAGAGAAACCUUACCAAUGCAAGGUGUGCCCUGCCAAGUUCACCCAGUUUGUGCACCUGAAACUGCACAAGCGUCUCCACACCCGGGAGCGGCCCCACAAGUGUGCCCAGUGCCACAAGAGCUACAUCCAUCUCUGCAGCCUCAAGGUCCACCUGAAGGGGAACUGCCCCAUGGCCCCGGCCACUGGGCUGCCCUUGGAGGACCUGACUCGAAUUAAUGAAGAAAUUGAGAAGUUUGACAUCAGCGACAAUGCUGACCGGCUCGAUGAUGUGGAGGACGACAUCAAUGUGACUUCUGUGGUGGAGAAAGAAAUUCUGGCCGUGGUCAGGAAAGAGAAAGAAGAAACUGGCCUGAAAGUUUCUUUGCAAAGAAACAUGGGGAAUGGACUCCUGUCCUCGGGGUGUAGCCUUUAUGAGUCAUCAGAACUGUCCCUCACGAAGCUGCCUCCCAGCCACCCACUACCUCUGGUACCUGUAAAGGUCAAACAAGAAACAGUAGAACCAAUGGAUCCUUAAGAUUUUCAGACAACAAGUGUUGUGUUUCUUAAGUUAUGACUUGGUGAGUCAGGGUGCCGGUAGCAAAUUCCUUGUACAUAAUUCCAGUUCUGCAAAGCUCUCCUGACGGCAAAUGGUUUCCCCUCACCUCUCUGGAAUUAAAGAAGGAACUCCAAAGUUACUGAAAUCUCAGGGCAUGAAUGAGGCAAAGACUAUAUAUAUAUAUAUAUAUAUAUACAUAUUAUAUAUGCUUAUUUACACCCAUGUCUAUAUAUUUGAACCUGUGUAUUUUGAAUAUUUGUGUGGAUAUGUUUGCAUAGCCUUCCCAUUACUAAGACUAUUGCCUACUCAUAAUUAUUUUUUCAAUGAUAAUCCUUCAUAAUUUAUUAUACAAUUUAUCAUUCGAAAAGCAAUAAUUAAAAAAGUUUACAAUGACUGGAAAGAUUCCUUGUAAUUUGAGUAUAAAUUGUUGUAUUUUUGUCUUGUGGCCAUUCUUUGUAGAUAAUUUCUGCCCAUCUGUUGAAGUACCUAAGAUUUAGUAAACAAACACGAGACUUCAGUCAACCUCUCUCUAUAAUAAUGGUUUGAGAAUGAGGUUUUGGUAUUGCCAAAGUUAGACAGUUGAUGUGUUAAUUCGCGGGAUCAUAUCAUUUGAACAGCAUUGUAUGUAACUUGGGGGUAUGUGUGCAGAAUUACCCAAUACUAACUUGAGUAGAAGAAACAAGAAUGGGAAUCUUGAAUAUUUCUGUUGAUAGUUGAUAUUUUUCCCCAGCUACAAUUUUACCAGAAAGGUGACAGGAAGGCUUUGCCAAACUGUCUCUCUUUAAAAGAGCAGGGUCCUCCCACCCAACCCCCAAAGUCCUGUGACCAUUCAGAGCGGCCACAUGACUUUUGCAUCCCAAUGUAUUAUCUGAAAAUGUGAAGAAGACAAAAUGCCAUGUUUGAAACCACUGUGUGAGCCUUUCCCAAAGCACAGGUGGUUUUGUAUGUGUGAGGUUUUGGGGGCUUGAGUCAGGGUGUUGUUUUGUUGCUGGUUUUUGUUUUUUUAAUGUCAAAAUUGCACAAACAUGGUGCUCUACCAGGAAGGAUUUGAGGUAGAUCGGCUCAGGCCACACUUUAAAAAUAAAAAUAAGAAACGGGUAUUCUGGUCAUCUUGGGGUAAAAGCAGGUAAUGAACAUUCCUAUCCCCAACACAUCAAUUGUAUUUUUUUCUGUAAAACUCGAAUUUUCCUCAGUAUUUGUGUUUUUACAUUUUAUGGUUAAUUUAAUUGAAGUUGAAGGGGCAUUGCAAAGUUGUUCGACAACAGUUACCUCAUUGAGUAUGUCCAGUAGUGCAGGAAAUGAUGUCUUACCUAAUGAUUUGCUACUCUAGAGGAGAAACCAAGUAAGUGUGCUCUGGAAAGAUAGACUGUGUGUCAUUCUAUCUUUUACUCUGCUUAGCCCAAAGAUUACACGUUGGUGUGUAAGGUGUAGCAAAGAAUGAUGUAUAUUUAUAAAUCUAUUUAUACCACUAUACCACAUGUAUAUAUAAUAUAUUUAUAACCACUUAAAUUGUGAGCCAAGCCAUGUAAAAGAACCUACUUUUCCUAAGGGCAAAAAAAAAAAAAAAUCUUUCUGAGUCUUUGCUUAAUACUUGAUGACUUCACAAUCACAUGGGUGUGCUUGGGCACUCCUUGCCUAUUGUAAGAGACCCUAACACCUUGGUGCAAAGGUGGGGACCACAUGACAACCAGGGAGAAAGAGAUACAUUGCUCUUUAUUAUUAAGGACUAUCUAAGACAGCUUUAUUUUUGUUUUGCCACAUGAUGAUGAUGUGGUCACACCCAAGUCACAGAAAUAAAAAUCUCAUUAUUAAUUCCUUUACCACUGUAACUUUGCUCUCUUCCUGUCUCUCCUUCCUAAAUACUGAUGCAUCACGAUUCAAUCUCUGUUAUAACUGUAUUUGACAUUUUAUUCAUGUCGACUAAUAAUCACCUGCAGAAGAGAACAAAUUCGAAUCAUCCAGGGAAACCCGAUAGCCUUACUGAUCUGUUACUAGCAAGACUGACAACUUUUUAGUGUUUGAUAAUCAAUCCUUAAUUGUAGAUAAUCCAAAGCAUCCCAUCACCACUGACACGAAAUAGUUUUUAUUCCCAACUACUUAUCUGUUCUUUUUCUCCUUUUGUGCUUUCUUACACUGUAUUGGAGAGUUUUUAUAAAGACUUCUUGCUUCUCUCACCAUCUGUCUUUCCCUUUUCGGCCUCUUACAUGUGAAUGUUGAGCCCACAAUCAACAGUGGUUUUAUUUUUUUUCCUCUACUCAAAGUUAAAACUGACCAAAGUUAUUGGCCUUUUACUUUGCUAGAACAACAAACUAUCUUAUGUUUACAUACUGGUUUACAUUGUUAUUUAUGUGCAAAUUGUCAAAAUGUAAAUUAAAUAUAAAUGUUCAUGCUUUACCAA